AUGGCCGCUCAGCAGUCCUACUACGAGCUUUACCGUGGGAGCAGUCUUGGCUUGUCUUUGACGGACACUCUCGAUGACCUGAUCAACGAAGGUCGUAUCGAACCCCAGCUGGCGAUGAAGAUCCUGUCAACCUUUGACCGAGUCGUCACUGAAGUCCUGGCAGAUAAGGUUCGAGCCAGGCUGACUUUCAAGGGCCACCUCGAUACCUACCGAUUCUGCGAUGAAGUCUGGACUUUCCUGAUCAAGGAUGUCUCGUUCAAGCUAGAUAAUCAAUCUACAGUCAGCGCGGAGAAGGUCAAGAUCGUGAGCUGCAACAGCAAGCGACCUGGCGAAGCCUAG